CUGGUAGGGAAAGGAAAGCCAUUCGCUCUGGGCCUGGACUAGACCUCGUCGGGCCGGCGGAGGUCUGGCUAUGUGCCUUUGAGGGUCGCUUGGGACGCAGAGCGAGAGCCGAGAGCGAUGUCUCAGCCGCCGCCGCCUCCUCCGCUGCCGCCGCCGCCGCCUCCCCCCGAGGCUCCGCAGACUUCGUCGUCCCUGGCGGCGGCGGCUACUCCGGGGGGCCUUUCGAAACGAAGGGACCGGAGAAUCCUUUCCGGGAGCUGCCCGGAUCCCAAGUGCCAGGCGCGGCUCUUCUUCCCGGCCUCAGGUUCUGUCAGCAUCGAGUGUACCGAGUGCGGACAGCGGCACGAGCAGCAACAGCUGCUGGGAGUGGAGGAGGUGACCGACCCGGACGUAGUGCUGCACAAUCUGCUGCGGAACGCGCUACUCGGGGUGACGGGGGCUCCCAAGAAGAACACGGAACUGGUAAAGGUGAUGGGCCUCUCCAACUACCACUGCAAAUUAUUGUCGCCCAUAUUGGCACGCUAUGGAAUGGACAAACAAACGGGCCGCGCCAAGCUUCUCCGGGACAUGAACCAAGGCGAACUGUUCGAUUGCGCGUUACUCGGUGACCGGGCCUUCCUCAUCGAACCAGAGCACGUCAACACAGUGGGCUAUGGCAAGGACCGAUCUGGAAGCCUCCUAUAUUUGCAUGACACUCUCGAGGAUAUCAAACGGGCCAAUAAAAGUCAAGAAUGCCUUAUUCCAGUGCAUGUGGAUGGGGAUGGACACUGCCUAGUGCAUGCUGUGUCUAGGGCUCUAGUAGGCCGAGAGCUCUUCUGGCAUGCCCUGAGGGAGAAUCUGAAGCAGCACUUUCAGCAGCACCUAGCCCGAUAUCAAGCCCUGUUUCAUGACUUUAUUGAUGCUGCAGAGUGGGAGGACAUUAUCAAUGAAUGUGACCCUCUGUUUGUGCCACCUGAAGGUGUCCCCUUAGGCCUGAGGAAUAUCCACAUAUUUGGCCUUGCCAAUGUGUUACAUCGUCCCAUAAUUCUCUUAGAUUCCCUCAGUGGCAUGAGAAGCUCUGGUGAUUAUUCAGCCACCUUUCUACCUGGGCUCAUACCUGCAGAGAAGUGCACUGGGAGAGAUGGUCAUUUGAACAAGCCAAUCUGUAUUGCGUGGAGUAGCUCUGGUAGAAACCAUUAUAUUCCCUUGGUAGGCAUAAAGGGGGCUGCCUUGCCCAAACUACCCAUGAAUUUGCUACCUAAAGCAUGGGGUGUGCCUCAGGACCUUAUUAAAAAGUACAUCAAGCUUGAGGAGGAUGGUGGUUGUGUUAUUGGAGGAGACAGAAGUUUGCAGGAUAAGUACUUACUUAGGUUGGUUGCUGCUAUGGAGGAAGUCUUUAUGGACAAACAUGGUAUCCAUCCUAGUUUGGUUGCUGAUGUACAUCAGUAUUUCUACAGAAGGACUGGGGUGAUAGGAGUUCAGCCUGAGGAAGUUACAGCAGCUGCUAAAAAAGCAGUAAUGGAUAAUCGCCUUCACAAGUGUUUGCUUUGUGGUGCCCUUUCUGAACUUCAUGUCCCUCCUGAGUGGUUGGCUCCAGGAGGAAAACUGUAUAACCUGGCAAAAAGUACUCAUGGACAGCUGAGGCCUGACAAAAAUUACAGCUUUCCUUUAAACAAUUUGGUUUGUUCAUAUGAUCCAGUGAAAGAUGUUCUGUUACCAGACUAUGGAUUGAGUAAUCUAACAGCUUGUAAUUGGUGCCAUGGCACAUCUGUGCGAAGAGUCAGAGGCGAUGGCUCUAUUGUAUAUUUGGAUGGAGACAGAACUAAUUCUAGGUCUACUGGUGGCAAAUGUGGUUGUGGAUUCAAACACUUUUGGGAAGGUAAAGAAUAUGACAACCUUCCAGAAGCUUUUCCUAUCACUUUGGAGUGGGGAGGAAGAGUAGUCAGAGAAACAGUAUAUUGGUUCCAGUAUGAAAGUGAUCCAUCUUUGAAUAGUAAUGUUUAUGAUGUUGCAAUGAAACUUGUUACCAAGCACUUUCCAGGUGAAUUUGGGAGUGAGAUCCUAGUUCAGAAAGUUGUCCACACUAUAUUGCAUCAGACUGCAAAAAAAAAUCCUGACGAUUACACUCCUGUAAAUAUAGAUGGUGCUCAUGCUCAGAGAAUUGGAGAUGUGCAAGGACAAGAAUUGGAGUCUCAGCUACCAACUAAAAUUAUUCUUACUGGACAGAAAACAAAAACUUUGCACAAGGAAGAAUUAAACAUGAGUAAAACUGAAAGAACUAUUCAACAGAACAUCACAGAACAAGCUUCUGUGAUGCAGAAACGGAAAACAGAGAAAUUAAAACAAGAGCAAAAGGGGCAACCCAGAACUGUUUCUCCAAGUACUAUUCGUGAUGGGCCUUCAUCUGCACCUGCCACCCCCACGAAGGCUCCCUACUCACCUACCACUUCUAAGGAGAAGAAGAUUCGCAUAACAACUAAUGAUGGACGGCAGUCCAUGGUUACCCUUAAGUCUUCAACAACCUUUUUUGAACUUCAGGAAAGUAUAGCCAGAGAGUUCAACAUUCCUCCAUAUUUACAGUGUAUUCGAUAUGGUUUUCCUCCUAAAGAGUUAAUGCCACCCCAAGCAGGAAUGGAAAAGGAGCCAGUUCCUUUGCAGCAUGGUGACAGAAUUACCAUAGAGAUCUUAAAAGGCAAAGCAGAAGGUGGUCCAUCCACUGCUGCACACUCAGCCCACACUGUGAGACAAGAAGAGAUUGCUGUUACUGGCAAGCUGUCCUCCAAGGAACUUCAGGAGCAAGCUGACAAAGAAAUGUAUUCCUUGUGUCUUUUAGCAACAUUAAUGGGAGAAGACGUGUGGUCUUAUGCAAAGGGACUUCCUCACAUGUUCCAGCAGGGUGGUGUAUUCUACAAUAUUAUGAAGAAAACUAUGGGCAUGGCUGAUGGCAAACAUUGUACUUUUCCACAUCUACCUGGCAAAACCUUUGUUUAUAAUGCUUCUGAAGACAGACUGGAGUUGUGUGUCGAUGCCGCAGGACAUUUCCCCAUUGGUCCUGAUGUUGAAGAUUUAGUUAAAGAGGCUGUAAGUCAGGUUCGAGCAGAGGCUACUACAAGAAGUAGGGAAUCAAGCCCUUCACAUGGGUUAUUAAAACUAGGUAGUGGUGGAGUAGUGAAAAAGAAGUCUGAGCAACUUCACAAUGUAACUGCCUUUCAGGGGAAGGGCCAUUCUCUAGGAACUGCAUCCAGUAACCCGCACAUGGAUCCCAGAGCUAGGGAAACUCUGGCUGUAAGAAAGCAUAAUACAGGGACAGAUUUUAGUAAUAGUUCCAUUAAAACAGAGCCUCCUGUGUUCACAGCUGCUUCUAGUAAUAGUGAGCUUAUUCGAAUAGCUCCUGGAGUGGUAACAAUGAGAGAUGGUAGGCAGAUUGAUCCCGAUGUGGUUGAGGCCCAGCGAAAAAAAUUGCAGGAAAUGGUUUCUUCUAUUCAGGCAUCAAUGGACAAGCACUUGCGGGAUCAAAGUACAGAGCAAACACCAUCUGAUCUUUCUCAAAGAAAAGUAGAAGCUGUGAGUUCUUCUGUGAGGCCUGGGAAUCUUCAGACUGGCUUGCCUGAAUCUUUUUCUUUAACUGGUGGCACUGAGAAUUUGAAUACUGAAACAACUGAUAGUCGUGUAGCAGAUGUACUGGGAGCAGCAUUUGCCACAAGGUCAAAAGCACAAAAAGAAAAUUCCAUGGAGGAACCUGAAGAGAUGGAUAGUCAAGAUGCUGAGACAACUAACACAACUGAGCCGAUGGAUCACUCUUGAUUUAAUUUAGAGGCUAAUAAAGGCAGAUGUUUAUUGUGAAUAUGUAAUAUUUGUUGGCUGGGCCACAUAACUUGAGUAGUC